CCCGGAAGUCGGGCCCGUGCGGAAGCGAAGCCGCGCUGAGGCCGAUGGCGGCGUCCGCGGGGUUGGCCCCCGGGGGCGCGGAGGAGACCGCGGCGGACGAGGAGCCACCAGUCCUGCAACCCGGCGCCGCCCCGUUCGGGAAUUUCCCCUGUUACUCCCGCUUCCACCCUCCAGAGCAGCGCCUGCGCCUGCUGCCCCCGGAGCUGCUCGGCCGCCUCUUCCCUCAGAGUCCCGGGACGAGGCCGGUGCUGGGGCUGGACGUGGGCUGUAACUCCGGGGAUCUGAGUGUGGCUCUGUACAAGCACUUUCUUUCCCUACGCGAUGGGGAGACCUGCUCCGAUGCCGCAAGAAAACUCCGUUUCCUCUGCUGUGACAUAGAUCCAGUUCUGGUGGCACGAGCUGAAAAAGAAUGCCCUUUUCCUGAUGCCUUGACCUUUAUCACCCUGGACUUCAUGAAUCAAAGGACGCGGAAAGUUUCCUUGAGUUCUUUCUUAAGCCAAUUUGGAUGCUCGGUUUUUGAUAUUUGCUUCUGCAUGUCAGUAACCAUGUGGAUUCAUCUGAACCACGGUGACCGUGGUCUGUGGGAAUUUCUGGCUCACCUUGCCUCCCUCUGCCACUACCUCCUUCUAGAGCCACAGCCCUGGAAGUGUUACCGGGCAGCUGCAAGGCGUGUCCGGAAACUGGGCCUCCAUGAUUUUGAUCACUUCCACUCCCUUGCCAUCCGAGGUGAUAUGGCAAAACAGAUUGUACACAUAUUGACCCAGGAUCAUGGCAUGGAAUUAGUAUGCUGCUUUGGCAACACCAGCUGGGAUCGUAGCCUUCUGCUCUUCAAGACAAAACAAAGCGCAGAGACUCAUCCUCAUCCGGCCCCUGAGUUAUCAACAGAAGAAGGGAAAGGAACACAUUAAGAUUCUGAAGACAGGGGGCUAGAGCGAUAGCACAGUGGGUAGGGCCUUUGCCUUGCACGCGGCCGACGGACAUGGGUUCGAUCCCCAGCAUCCCAUAGGGUCCCCUGAGCACCACCAGGAGUAGUUCCUGAGUACGGAGCCAGGAGUAACCCCUGUGCAUCGCCAGGUGUGACCCAAAAAGCCAAAAAAAAAAAAAAAUUCUGAAGACAGUUAACUAGGAAGGUGUGGAGGUCUGUGAAGACAUAUUUAAUACUGAGGAUUAAGUCUCUUUAAUUCCAAAUUAUUAGGUAACCUUGAAACCUGACAAACUUUUGGCAAAAUGUCCUAGAAUUGUAUGGCAAGAGUCAGUACCUGUUCCCCAUUUUGGGGGGAUGAUCCCUGAGUGGACUACAUCUGUGCAAUGAAAUGGACUGUUUACAUUGAGAUGGUCUGGCUCUGGGAUAGAAAGGGAUGUUUGGGUGGUUAUUUGUAAAGACUUAGGUCAGGCAAGCCUUAAAAUGCAUUGGUCCUCUGGGUUCCUUCAGUCUGAUCUGGAUUCUGACUUCUGACAUACUUCCUCUGCUAUUGGGCAAAACCUCAUAUAAUUUGGAAUGAAGAUUCGCUACCCUAAUUAGUGAAAAAGGUUGGUAGCUCUCUUUCCUGAGCCAGGUUUCCAACAUGCCCAGGCUCAGCCCAGCAGAUGCAGAUAACAGGCAAGAUGCACUGACUGGCAUUUAGAAGAUAUUGAAAGCCAGUGAGUAGUUCAGAGAGCUAGAACAUGCUUUGCAAGCAGAAGCUGCCCCUAGCUCCUGUAUGGUUCCACUGAGUAGCACUGGGAGCAAUCCCCAAACAUUGAACCCUUGAGCAGCCUUUGGACCUUGCUGUGGUCCAAACAACAGAAAGACAUUUAAAAGGUCUAAUUAUGAUACUAAAAUCUAACUGGUACAAAUAAAGUGAGUUUGUAUACACUGUAUACAUAUUUAUACCUAAUAAAGUGAUUGUUGUGAACCAGG